UCAGUGCUUCGCCGGGCGGGAUUUCCGCAAUAAUACCAAGUAUGGCGAAGACGUACGAUUAUUUGUUUAAAUUACUGUUAAUCGGUGAUUCUGGUGUCGGGAAAACCUGUGUCCUGUUCAGGUUUUCGGAAGACGCCUUCAAUUCCACGUUUAUCUCAACUAUCGGCAUCGAUUUCAAGAUUCGGACAAUAGAGCUUGACGGCAAGAAGAUCAAGUUGCAGAUAUGGGAUACAGCUGGACAGGAGCGUUUCCGAACAAUUACAACAGCUUACUACAGAGGAGCAAUGGGCAUAAUGCUUGUCUAUGACAUCACCAAUGAGAAGUCAUUUGAUAAUAUCAAGAACUGGAUAAGAAACAUCGAGGAGCAUGCCUCAUCUGACGUUGAGAAGAUGGUCCUUGGCAACAAGUGUGACAUCAACGACAAGCGGCAGGUUUCCAAAGACAGAGGGGAGAAGCUUGCCUUAGAGUAUGGAAUCAAGUUCAUGGAGACGAGCGCAAAGGCCAACAUCAAUGUUGAAAAUGCAUUUUUGACCCUCGCCAGAGACAUCAAAUCAAAAAUGGACACAAAAUUGGAGGGAAAUGCGCCACAGGGGAGCAGUCAUGGAGUCAAGAUCUCUGAGCCUCAGAAAAAAACCAGCUUCUUUCGCUGCAGCGUACUCUGAGCACCAAGGCCUUCCACACUGGCUGCCAGCUGGCUGGACAUAAAUGGACUGUGCUUGCUUUCAGCACUUCCUCCCCCUUCCCAAACCUUUCUACCCAGACCAUGGCCUGUCCUACCAGUCAGUCCAGACAAACCAUUCUACUCCCAGUGAGUGAAGGACUUCCUCUCUUCCUCUUCUGAAAGCUUCCUCUGGUGCAUCUCUUCCAUUUUGUUCUCUUCAUGAGUUGGGCCAUUUGAAUGGUGGGCGACUUGACCUCGGAGCAUUGUCCAGAUGUUCCAUAUCACACAGAGACACAUUCUUACUUUUCAUGUUAGUCUCUUUCAUACAACCCGUAGCACAACCAAGAUUGAAAAAUCAUAUAAUUUUUGCCAUGUUUAGGGAUUAUAAGUACAAAUGUAAUAUUAAUAUCUAUUUUUAUUAGUGGCUUUUCCCCCUUUUGUGUGACAAAUCUCCUUCAGAGACUGAUUGGUUUGAAACAAAGCUGCACAAUAUUUCUUAGAAUUUCGUCACAAAGAACCACUUGAAGCAUAAUGCAGUCAUCACUGAGGAAAGCGUUUAUGUGAUGGGCUUUCUGUUUAACAUCUAAUCUUUUUUUUAAUUGCCUGCACUCGUUUUUGGUCAGUUGAUGCCACCAAAAAAGGAAAAGCCUCUCUGCAGAAGCUGUAAAAAAACAGCACAGACACACUCGCGUGUUAAUUUCCAUCUUCUUCUCCUUCAGGGAGUGAACUUCGUAUCUGGUCGUAACUUCCUGAAGUUUACUCCUUAAGUAGUGACAUUUUAUAUCGAAUAGCAUCACAUCUCUCAAUAUUAAGGGUUACAGCUGAAGUUUGAUAAUCAGUCAAUACCAUAAAAGCUCAAUACCCAGUUCAAAGUUUGGCCAGUACCACAAAAGUAUUGAAGUUCAAUACCCAAACCUGUUGACUGUGUAGAUUAAACUGCAUGCACUUUUUUGAGAACAUGCAUCUAGGAAAAAAGGUUUGCUGUAUAAUUUGUCUAAUCUGUCACCGUUAAGCACAAGUCCCACUUAAGUGAUUAGGGUUGAAACAAUACCUGGAUUUACACAUUACUUUACUGUUGCAGAAGGCAAAGAAAAGCAGUGCAUUAUUGUUACAUUUGAGAAAGUGGAGCGUAAGAAUGGGGGGAAAAAAAGACUCUGAUCAAAUAUCAGAUUUCUUUUUCCGCUGUUGACAGUUUGCCUUAUAUUAUUUGAUUUGCAUCAAGGUUGUGUUGCAGCUCUGUUGGCCUCAAGCUUAAUGACGUCUCUGGUUAUUUGAUCAGCGAUUAUAAUCAGCCCUUCCCUUUUGCUUUCUUAGCAGCUCUCCUUGCACUUUAACAGGUAAUUUGUGUUUUGUGUGUAGUCUGUGGCGAGUGAUCGUUUGCAAUACAGCAAUACACUUAGUUAUACUAAGUUACACUUAGUUUAAAAAAAAAAAAAAAAAGUUCAGAUUGCAGGAGUCUUGGUAAUAUCAUGGGAAUAAUUCAGAAACUUUCUUGCACCUAAAAAAUAGUGCGAUCCACUGUCCUGGUAUUAAGUUCACUGAAAAACAUCCCCCUAAACUACCUUAACAGCUAGAUUAAUAUAAUAAUCUUCUUCUUCUAUGCCACUGUUUGACCAAGCUAUAGUUUGGCUUACAUAAGAACCGGCUUGACCCAAGGUGAAAGUCCUGUUAGUCCUGUUGGUAUUAAUAUUAUUGUACAUUUUCUUGUGUGUCUGUUUCGCUGUGGUCUUGUAUUUGAACAGCUAGGUGGCACCAGAGGCACAGUUUGCAUCAUAGAUAAACUCCAGUAUGAACCAGUAUUUCAUUGAGACCAGCAGCUACAGUGAACGAGGGAUACGGAACAUAUCCCCUCGUCUCGUAUUUAAUGUCACCAUUAAAUCGUUUCAACUGUUCCUCAGUUUUGUUGUUAGUCUGAAAAAUCAAGCUCUUAUAUGCACAUUAUCAAGCAACGGGGAGGGGAGGGGGGGGUUCUGUUUUUUUCUUGCCUGCACCUUUUUAAAUAUCAAAUCAUCUUGAGACCUCGUGACGACCAUGACCAUUUGUCUUAACUUAGUUGUGUCAUAGGUGAGCUAUGCAUCGUGAAUCUUGGACCUGUGCAUAUUUGUGUCAUGUGCGUUUCAGACAUACUUGUUGACCUGUACAGUUGAAUGUGUGUGUGCUUUUUUAAAAAACAAUUUUUUUCUUCCAAUUCACUGAGCCAAAAAAGAAAAAGAAAAGCAGGAUAUGCCGUGUUUGUGGAACCUUGUGAACGUGAAUGCGAGUGAAAUUCCACAGGAUGGGAGAUCGAAAGUAGGAACAAUCUGCAAGUUCAAAAUGUAGUGUCUCGUGAGUGAUGCUGUAGCUUUAAGUCAUGAACACAAACAGGGAGGCACUCUGUUGCUGUAUCAUCGUCAGCCCUAAAUGAAGCUUCCUUGUCUUUAAAUCAUAUCCUUCUCUUAAUACUCCUGUCACAUGUCCACGGAAAAUACACGGAACACCCACUUUUUUUUUUUACAGACGUAUUUUCAUUCCAUACAUUGUGAAGUAAAAGUACACAGGGAGAAUAAUACAAUACAUUUUAGAAAAAAAAAGAGAAAAAGAAAAAACAUUUGUUGGAAAAAGAACAUUGUAAAUAUCACAGUGAAAAAAGAGGUCUACUUAAAUUGUACUGUACUUUCUAAAUGCAUAUGAGAAUGUAUCUACAGUUUUGUAGAUAUGUGUACUUUUGAUUUAAUAAAAGAAGAUGAUAAAGA